CGAUUGCAACAAUAAUGGAGUCCACAUCCAUACCAAUAGUAUAAACCGUUUCAAAUAAAAUACUUGAGCAAUCGACGAGAAAUUCAUCGCUCAUUUUGUUGCGCAAAUAGGUUUUUACACAUGUUUCAUUUUUGAAAAAGUUCUCCCGGUAGUAGCUGUUGAAACGAGCAGCGUCAACACUAGACAAAUCAAUCGUGCAUUGUGUGUCCAUCAUUAGAUUCACCAACUACUCUAGUAAAUUUUCGAGGGAAAAACCUCAUAUUUCUUCUAGUCUUUUACGUUUUAGACUUUUAGAAUUUUAGAUUUCAUUGGGUUUUUAGACGAAUAAUCUUUGGGACUAGAAUUUCUAGUCUAAAUAGAAUAAUGAUUGAAAAAUGUUAAUUUAAAUUAUUUUCCUAUUAUACCCAAUCUUAUUAUAAAAUAACAUUGAGCCGGAUGUCUAAUAUCAAAAAAUUCAUAAGGACUAUAUUAAUGUCGGAUCCAAAGGAGGGCUGGGCCAGGGCCCGGGGUGGCCACCCCCUAGAUCCGCCACUGUUUCCAUUCAAUUCACAUUCAUAAAAGCAAAAUGACUCACUUGAAUCUAAUCGGAAUAAUAUGAAUAAUUUAUGAAUGUAAUUAGUUUUUAUGGUAAUAUAAACUUAAUGAAGUGGAUAAUUUAUGCAUGUUAGCAGUGUUUGUGGAGAUAUAUUUAUAGAGAACUUUUUAAUAACAUUGUGAUGUGUUAUAUAAGAAAUAUGUAUGGAUAUAUGAAAAAGAGUUUGGUCUGAAAAUGAACCUAUAUCAAACUUAUCUAUAUAAAAAAAAUAUAUGUACGGUUAUGUUUGUGAACUUACGAUACUCAUACACCCGUGAUUACCUAUUAAAUUGGAUUUUUACUUCUAAAACACUAUUGGUAUUCAACUAAUUUUUUAGUGAGUAAAUCUACUGAGUUGAGUUUGAGUUUAAACAAAACCCUAACUAACUCAACCUAUUGUCAUCCCCAAACCUAACCGAAAUUAGACAAUAUCAUUAGCUAUUAAACUAAUAAUUAACGAAAUGGUACAGUCUAAAAUAGAAUAAAAGUCAGUUAGUUCCCACUGGCAAGCAAGAAGCCCAAAGUUAUCAAUUGUUAGCACCGAAAACAACAACAACAACAACAACAAAAGGUAAGAAAGAAAGAAGGGCGAUGGUAACAGAAACCAUCCCUGUGGUUGACUUGUCCAGCAAAAAUCUGAUCCAUGGAACCCCGACUUGGGUUUCCGCUUGCAACGACGUCCGCAAGGCUAUGGAACAACAUGGCUGCUUCAAAGCCAUCUUCUACGGCGGCGGCGGCGAUUCUUCCAGCAGCACACAACUCCACAACGACAUAUUCGCCGCAGCUGGAGAACUAUUCAGCCUGCCGACGGAGACCAAGCAGAGGAACACCAGCAGCAAGCCUUACUUCGACUACUUCGGGCAGAGCCAACUCUUCCCGCUCACCGAAUCCCUCGCCGUCGACCAUCCCACCAGCUCUCUCGCCACUCGGAGCUUCGCCGACGUCAUGUGGCCCGCCGGAAACCUCAGCUUCUGCGAAAGCACGAUCUCGUUCUCGAAGGUGACGGCGGAACUAGAUCAAACGGUGAUGAGAAUUAUAUGCGAGAGCUACGGCGUCGACGGUGGGCAUUACGAGUAUUACCUUGAGGCCGCGAAUUACGUGCUCCGUUUCUACCGAUACACGGUGCCCAAGACGGCCGGCGAGAGCAACGUCGGGCUGGGCGCUCACGCCGAUAAGUCCAUGAUCUCCAUCCUUCGCCAGAGCAUCAGAGGCUUGCAGAUCAAGGCUCCGGAUGACGACAGCUGGGUGGAAGUUGAUGAGAUGUCGCCUUCGUCUUUCCUUGUCAUGGCCGGCGACGCGCUGAUGGCAUGGAGUAACGGGAGGAUCAAAAGCUGCAGGCAUCAAGUAAUCAUGAGUGAGAAGGAGACCAGAUACUCGGUGGGGUUGAGCUCGGUGAUCAACGGCGUGGUCCAUAUUCCGACGGAGUUAGGGUAUUAUAGUAGUAGUAAUGACGACGACGGCGAAGUAGAAGAAGAAGAAUCCGGCAAGCCCUUUCGCUGCAGGGCGUUUGACCAUUUUGGGUUACUUCAAUUCAUCCGAUCAGGAGAGGCCAAAAACUACGACUCUGCCAUUCAGGACUACUGCGGAGUUGUUUGAAGAAUGAAAAUCCCCUGUUUUGGUCGACGAAAAUCCCCUGUUUGAAGAAUGAAAAAAAAUACUAUGAAUAUCAUCUAAAAAUCCACUUGUGUGUAAUGUAAUCAAUGGGUAUGAAUACAAAACAUACCUGUAAAUAAAAAAAUUACAUCCAC